CGCAGUGCUGUCUAGUAGGAUUGGCGAUUGGAUUCGGGGGAUGUGGCGGAGUUUCCAGAGGCGGAAAGAUGAAGACAGAAACCGGCGACUUCCAGCGAGGGGAGGACAUAGACAUGGAAGUAAUGAAGCCUCUGAUUGGAGAUGAAGGAUGUUCUGAUGGGAACUCUGAUGACGAGCAGUCCGCUCAGCGAGAUUACCACCCGAACAAGGAGGACGACGGCCUGACGUUUGUUCAGACACUGAUACACGUUUUAAAAGGGAACAUAGGGACUGGUCUCCUCGGACUUCCUUUGGCCAUAAAAAAUGCCGGCAUUUUGUUGGGACCGGUGAGCCUUUUAUUUUUUGGCAUUGUCUCCAUUCAUUGUAUGAACAUGCUGGUUCGCUGCAGCCAUUUUCUGUGCCAAAGGUACAAAAAAGCAAAUUUAGGCUACAGUGAAACAGUCGGACUGGCCUUGGAAGUGGGACCUGUCAAAUCCCUCCAGCAAUAUGCCUCAGCAGGAAAGAAUAUUGUUGAUUUUGCUUUGGUGGCCACACAGCUGGGCUUCUGCAGUGUUUACUUUGUCUUCCUAGCGGAGAACGUGAAGCAGGUAUUCGAAGCUUCCUUUGAAAGCCAUUCCCAGUACACAGAACCAACGGGGAGAUGGGAUCUUGAUCUGCGGCUGUACAUGUUAUCCUUCCUUCCUCUCAUCAUACCAUUAGUUUUUAUACGGGACUUGAAGAGCUUGUCUAUCUGCUCCUUCUUAGCCAACGUCUCCAUGGCCGUCAGUCUUGUUAUCAUUUAUCAGUACGUGAUGCGGAAUAUUUCAGAUCCUCGAACACUCCCUUUGGCAUCAAAUUGGAAGAAGUAUCCACUCUUUUUUGGAACAGCCAUAUUUGCCUUUGAAGGAAUAGGAGUGGUUCUCCCCCUGGAAAACCAAAUGAAAGAAAAGAGAGAGUUUACUCGCGCCUUGAACAUUGGUAUGGCAAUAGUGAUGGUUUUGUAUAUCUCGCUGGCCACAGUGGGUUACUUGAGUUUCGGAGACCAAAUCAAAGGCAGCAUUACUCUAAACCUUCCUCAGGAUUCCUGGGUCUAUCAGCUGGUGAAGGCUUUCUACUGCUUUGGAAUUUAUGUGACCUAUGCGAUUCAGUACUAUGUUCCUGCUGAAAUUAUCCUGCCAAUGGUUACCUCAAGAGUGUUCAAGAAAUGGAAGCUGCCCUGUGAACUUACUGUGAGGACGUUACUGGUCUGUGCAACUUGUGCCAUGGCCGUGUCCAUCCCUCGUCUUGACCUGGUGAUCUCAUUUGUGGGUGCUGUGUUCAGCAGUUCAUUAGCCCUCAUCCUACCCCCGUUGGUAGAAAUCAUCACCUUCUAUAAAGAAGACAUCCACCCGCUCACAGUAGCGAAGGAUCUCGCCAUCGCCCUGAUUGGAAUUGUGGGAUUCGUUAUGGGGACAUACGUGACGGUUGAAGAAAUCCUUUAUCCGACUCAUUUAUUGUUAGUGGCAAAUGUCACAGGGAGUCCUCUUAAAGACAUCAACAGCACUACCUUGGGAACUCCUUGAGAAGAGAACAUUCUUAUUCCUGUGCCUUUAAAUCUGGAUGAAGGGGGCUCAACAGAUUUAUUUAUUAAAAGCAAUACUAUAUAAAGAGAUAUUUUAUUAUAUAUUUUAUGCUUUUUUUUUUUUAUCUGGGUAAGGGUUAAUAGUCUUAGGUGUCUUUUGGGUUGUAGUUAGGGAUAUUCUUACCAAUUACAUUUAUGGUGUACUUUUUAUGAUGGUUCGCGGUCAAACCUUAAGCACUUUUAAAGUAUUCGGUGGGAGUUGUAGUUCCACAGCAGCUAGAGAACUACAUGUUGUAAACCGCUGCUUCAAAGGAUGUCAGCAGUAGUUUAGCGCAAUUAGGGAAACCUACACUUUCCCAAGGUAAAGAUGUCUGUCUUAAAGUAAAUGUCUCCUUUCAGCUUUUAUAUUUGUUUGUCUAACAUUCUGUACCGAUUAAUUUGCUAAUGUAUACUUUAUAGUUGUCAUAGCUCGGUUUUUCUGUUGCAGAACCUCAAAUUCCUGACAUAGACUUAGAGCUGGUGAUAAAAUUCUUGCUACCUGCAGCAACCACUAGGGGGAGCUUACUGCAUACUCCCUCUAUUGGCGGAUACGGACUGAUCUUUGCCAUUUAGCCCUAUGACUUUGCUAGGGGAGCGGUGUAUCAGUAAAGCCAAGUUAUAACCCCUUAAAAGGGAGUCUGUCAUGUAAAACAGCUCAAAUCACACUGUAGGUUGCAUACACAGUUCGUAAAUGGUACCUUUUAUUGCCUUGUCUGCUGCUCUGAUGGUCCACAAAUUAACUUUGAAGCCAUAUGCAAAGGAACUUGCAAGUGCCCAGGGGCGUUGUUUAUUGCUGCAAAUGCCCGGGCCCCCAGGUGUUACCCGGUUAUAACUCCUUCUCUGUCUGGCUGUAAGCCAACCUAGUAUCCUCUUAGCAUCACUGUCCUCUGUCCCCGAAAUCCCGCGCCGGAGCAUGUGCAGUCCCUUCGUCGAUGCCUCCGCCCAUACUCUGUAUUGUAUGGGGCGUGCCUGGGCCUGGCAGUGAUGUGUGCGGGAUUUCGGACACAGAGGACAGAGACGUCAGGAAGAUACUGAGCUGCCUUACAGUCAGACGGGAGGAUUUAUCGCUAAAUAACAUCUGGUCCCAGGCAUUUGCAGCAAUAGACAAGGAUCCUGGGCACUUGCCAACUUAUUUGUGUAUGGCUUCAAAGUUCAUUUUUGGACUAU